AUGAAUCAAUCAGCAAUACUAAAGAAAAAGGGUCCGAAUCCAAACAAAGCUCAAAGUCCAUUCAAGAAUAUGGAUGUUGAUAUGCAAUACCGAUCAAGUACUGAAUUGGCCAACAAAUUCAAGAUUAAGAGAGAACAACUUGCAAACGAACGCAAUGAUAGAUCUAAGAAAGAGCAGGCACCAAUACCACAUAAAAGAAAGAAUUCUGAGGAUUUCACUCCACAACUAGGAAAGAGUAAAUUGCUUGGGCACAAAUCAGUAAUUCAAUCAUCUUCAAGGGAAGAGCUUAGAACCUCACAUAUGAUUGCAGGGAAACGACAAACUAAACAGAGGUUAUUUCAAUCUGGAGAGUCCAUUCAAGAGAAAGGAAUUAAACUUCUUAUGAAUAACUCUAGGUUCCAAACAUCAUUCAAGGAAGGUGUUACUGCUUCAGUACAUGUGACUGGAACAACACUAGGUAAUGGAGAGGUACAACAUGAUAAUGAGGAUCUACUGAACUUCAAACAAGUGAAGAGGAAAUCGGUCCGACCAUCUACCACUAUUGAUCUGUUUCUGGAUAAGCAACAGAUACACAAUGAACAUGAUAUUCAUGAUCCUAUUAUUAAUGAACACAACAAAGGAUUGGAUGAUCUUGUGGAUCAAGAAGAACUCGGUGGAGAUAAAUGUGAUGUCGAAGAGGAAAUUGACAUUGGUUGUAGUACAAAAGAAAUUUCGAAGUCAAAAAAAGUUCGAGGACAAACAACAUGUAAGGAUAUUCACGCAAGAAAUUUGGAAGAAAGAAAUGAGGUGGCAUUUGAUAAAGGACAAGCAGUGGGACCAACUAAUAAGAUAGUGUCACAAUUAAGCAACUUUAUAGGAACAAUUGCAAGGAAUCCUAGAUUCAUCAGCUUGAUGUACACUAGUUGGCAUGCGGUGCCAAAGGAUACUAAAAAGCGCAUGUGGGAAUAUAUCAAUUCCAAAUUUCUAAUUCCAGUAGAAGGAAAGAAGUGGGUGAUGACUAGUCUUCGUGAUGCUUGGAGGCGACACAAGCAAAAAAUUAAAGAGAAUUUUUUUGAUAAAAAUAGUACCCUUGAGGAUAUGCUAGCAAAACGUCCUGAUGGCAUUCCAGAUAAUCAAUUCUGCCAGUUGAUCGAGUAUUGGAAACACCCAACUGUUCAAGCCAUAUGCGAGAUGAAUUCUCAAAACAGGAAACAACAAAAGUGGAGGCAUCGAAUGGGACCUAUUAAUUUUGCAAGAGUACGCGUGGCUUUGCGUGCAGCCAAAGACAACAACGAAGAACCAUCAAAGCCUGAAAUGUUUAUUGCAACUCGUACCAAGACGGGAAAGGAAAUCCAGGCUGAUACCCAAGUUGCAAUAGCUGAACUUCAAAAUCGCCAAAAUUCUGGGGAAACAGCUGAUGAUGCAUUUAGGGCAGUGUUUGGAAAGGAGCAGCUUGGUCGACUUAGGUGCUAUGGUAGAUCAGUGACAACAAGUUCUUUGAAGAAAGAUGAGGAAAUUAACAAUCUAAAACAAAAGCAUGCCAAUGAAAUCACUUCUCUAAAGGAAGAAUUGAGAGAACAAAUGCGACAUUUAUUCACUCAAUUGCUGCAAAACAACCCUGGAUUGAAUUUUCAAGAUAUACCAGGGUGUGUUGGAUCAAACAUUGCUUCACAUAUUGAUGCAAGUAGCGCAAAAGCUGUAAGAGGCACAAAUCUUCCACAUUCUUCAGGGUCAGCUCAUGAUUCGAUUCUUCAAAAGGAAAAUGCCGGUGCUCCUACUUUAUCUGCUCCGUUUACAUUUGCUCCCACUUCUACUGAUGCUUUUGGUAUUGCUUUCGCCCCCGUUGAUAGAGGCGAUGCUUUAUAA